AUGAUAACCACACAGUUUGACAGCGCAGGAAACGUGAUUCCUACAGCGUUUUCAGUAGACAAUGGUAAAUUUAGCAGGUUUGCAUUUCACUCUGGUCUUGUAAAUGGUAAAGGAAGGUAUUGGCCGACAAAAUAUUCACACAACAAAGCGCCCCUUGAAAGGUUUAUUGUUCGAAAAGGACAAAAGUUUAGGUACAGAAUUAUUGGCGCUCAAACACUCUAUCCGAUGAGAGUGUUCAUACAAGGACAAACCCUUUCACUUAGGACGUCAGACUGCUAUAAUCUUAAGCCAAUAGAAGUUCAGUCAAUAAUUGUACAUCCGGGUGAACGGUACGAUUUCACGUUUAGUUUUAGCAGUGCUUCUAAAAAAGAAUACCUGUUGAUUGCAGAAACUAUUGAAACUCGUCAUAGCCACAAUAGCUACCAUGCGGCUGAAACAGCAAUUGAAAUUGAGGAUUUUGAGGGAGCACGCAGCUAUAUCCCCGAGAACGACCAGACGGAGGUGUGCACAUAUAUUGUUGAGCUACCAAAGGACAAGGUUAUUCAGCUGAUCUUUACUAACCUUGGCACUGGAUCGGGUUGGUCCCAUCCAGUUCAUUUGCAUGGCCACACUUUCUUUGUAAUGAAAAUGGGGUUCGGUACAUACGAUGAAACGAACGGGCGUCUCAUAAACGACACUACAGACAUCAUGUGUACAGAUCUGAACAACUUUUGCACGGAUUUGCGAUGGACCGAUUCUUCUUGGACAGGUGGAAACAUUCCUGACCUUAAUAACGAUCCUUCACAAAAGAAUACCAUAGUCGUGCCGACCGGCGGUUACGUUGUUGUCCGCAUAGUAACAAACAACCCUGGUAUGUGGUUCCUCCAUUGUCACAUCAACCUCCACAACACUAAUGGAAUGGCCAUGGUUAUCAAUUCAGGACCAGGGUCGCAUCCAGAAACACCUGUUAGCCCGGUACAGUGGAAGGGAUACGAGGCCAUAGCCUCCUGGCAGACGCGUUAG